AGCACCUGUCUGUCUCUCCGUCUCACACACGUCCAGAAAAACAUCAUUGUUUCAGUUCAGCUUAUCUCUGCUCUCCCAAAUAUCCUGUUUCUUCGAGCUGCGCGUCCAGAACCAAUAGAAAGCUCUUCCUGCUGCGGGCUGACUUCACUUCCAGCUUUAGCACAAUCUCAUCCGCUCUGAACCGCGCUCGGCAGAACCUCGUAACCACACACACACACACACACACUCUCACGACGGCCUGUCCUGCUCCAGCAUGGCCAGCACCAUCAAGGAGGCGCUGUUGGUGGUGAGUGAGGAUCAGUCUUUAUUCGAGUGUUCGUACGGAGCGCCUCAUUCUAAGACGGACAUGACGGCCUCCGCCGCCGGCGAAUACGGCCCGAGCAAACUCAGUCCCAGAGUGCAUCAGCAGGACUGGCUGGCUCCGCCCACCGGACGCGUCACCGUCAAGCUGGAGUGCGGCGUGGGAGCGCAGGUGAGCGGAUCCAGGUGAGACGCACCUCCAGAGCAGGAGAGAGUUUAGACCAGGGGUCGGCAGCCUACGGCACACAGAGGGAUAAUCAGAGAUGGUCUUACUAUUGGGAGAUGAGAGGGUCUGUACUACUUACUAUUGGAGAAAGCGU